CAUGAUUCUUAGUCAGGGGAAAAGCAGGGCGGUCUCUGUAUGUGAGUGUGCCUGGUGUGUGUGUGUGUGUGUGUUGCAAGGGUUUUGUUGGUAAAGAGAAAAGAUUGGAAGCCCAGUGCAAGAUCCAUUGAAGGCAAGGGAGGAUCAGCUGCAAAAAGAAAAGGGCUGAGCUGGAGGUGGGGCUGGGGGGGAGGGAAGGAAGAAAGAAAGAAGGAAAGAAAGAAAGAAAGAAAGAACAAAAGGCAUAUUUCCAAAUAUAUAUAUAUAUAUAUAUAUAUAUAUAUAUAUAUAUAUCAUAUAUAUGUGUAUAUGUAUAUAUAAUUCCGAAGCAAUGAAUCCGUAACGAAGAAAGCAACACUGGACAUAUUCGCACCAAGGGAAACCAAGAAACCUUCAAGAACCCAUCGUUAAUCAAUCAACUUAUUGAUUAAUACCGAUUAAUUGGAAGAAUUGGGAUGAAGGAUCAUCGUCGGCAGGAGAGACCGGAUUGGCAGAGUAUCUUUUUAAAUAUUUUUUAAUAUAUAUAUCGAAAUAGACUAUACAUAUAUAUAUAUAUAUAUCGGCAUCUAUAUUUUGAAACGUAAGCAAAGAAGACAUUUCUUUUUUAAAAAUAUUAAUUAUUAUUAUUAAUUUGGAGAAGAAGAGGGAGAAGAAGAUGCUGCUCCAUUGAAGCCGGAGGGGGAUUUUGGAUCUCUUUGUCUCCUUCUGAGACUGUCCAGCAUCCCGUCUUUGUUUUAUUUUUUGGGGAAAAAGGGAUCUGGCCAUUCUGAAUCCGAGGCUCGCCCCAGUUUCUCCCUCCCAGUUUUGGACCAAUGAAGGAACCGGACGCUAUCAAACUUUUCAUCGGACAGAUCCCCCGGAAUUUGGAAGAGAAGGACCUCAAGCCCAUCUUUGAGCAGUUCGGGAAGAUCUACGAGCUGACCGUCAUUAAGGACAAAUACACGGGGAUGCACAAAGGAUGCGCCUUCUUGACCUACUGCGCCCGGGAAUCGGCCCUCAAGGCCCAAAGCGCGCUCCAUGAGCAGAAGACGCUGCCAGGGAUGAACCGGCCGAUCCAGGUGAAACCGGCGGACAGCGAAAGCAGAGGAGACCGGAAGCUCUUUGUCGGGAUGCUGGGGAAGCAGCAGACGGACGAAGACGUCCGGAAAAUGUUUGAGCCCUUCGGGAACAUCGACGAAUGCACCGUCCUCCGCGGCCCUGAUGGCACCAGCAAAGGUUGCGCCUUCGUCAAGUUCCAGACCCACGCGGAAGCGCAGGCGGCCAUUAACACGUUGCACGGCAGCCGCACUUUGCCCGGCGCCUCCUCCAGCCUCGUGGUCAAGUUCGCGGACACCGAGAAGGAGCGGGGCCUCCGGCGCAUGCAGCAAGUGGCCAACCAGCUGGGCAUGUUCAGCCCCAUCGCGCUGCAGUUUGGGGCUUACAGUGCCUACACCCAAGCACUAAUGCAGCAACAGGCGGCCCUGGUUGCCGCGCACUCGGCCUACCUCAACCCCAUGGCGACCAUGGCCGCGGUCCAGAUGCAGCAGAUGGCCACCAUCAGCCCCAACGGCCUCAUCGCCACUCCCAUCACCCCCAUCACGCCCUCCUCAGGUACCAGCACGCCGCCUGCCAUUGCCGCCACGCCGGUCUCCGCCAUCCCGGCCACCCUCAGCGUCAACGGCUACAGCCCUGUCCCCACCCAGAGCACGGGGCAGCCCACCUCGGAGGCCAUCUACACCAACGGCGUCCACCCAUACCCAGCACAGAGCCCGGCGGCCCCCGUGGACCCCUUGCAGCAGGCCUACGCCGGGAUGCAACACUAUACAGCCGCCUACCCCGCCGCCUACGGACUGGUCAGCCCGGCCUUCCCGCAGCAGCCGGCCACCAUCAUCGCCCAGCAGCCGCCUCCUCAGCAGCAGCAGCAACGGGAAGGAGCUCAGAGCUGUUGGUCUUCACCAGGUCCCGAGGGAUGCAACAUCUUCAUCUACCACCUGCCGCAGGAGUUCACGGACUCUGAGAUCCUGCAGAUGUUCCUGCCCUUCGGGAACGUCAUCUCCGCCAAAGUCUUCGUGGACCGGGCCACCAAUCAGAGCAAAUGUUUCGGAUUCGUAAGUUUCGACAAUCCCGCCAGCGCGCAAGCAGCCAUCCAGGCCAUGAACGGCUUCCAGAUCGGGAUGAAGCGGCUCAAAGUGCAGCUCAAGCGGCCCAAAGACGCCAACCGGCCGUACUGAACUGCCGCUCCGCCAGGUCUGGAGCUCAGUGGAGGAGCAACGUUCCCCCGUCCCGUUGAUUCUCUUCCCUUUCCCGCUCCCCGUUUCCGCCUCUCCCUGCUUUCUUCUUCCUUCCAUAGGAAAGUGAGUCCUCCCCCAGAGCCGAGGGAACUCGCCGCUUUCCUCGCCCGUCUUUUGUGAGCGUGCGAUUCGGAGUCGGACGGGCUUUACCAUAACCUCCCACUGCCCUCCCCUUGGAUCCCGGCGCUUUCUGAAACAACGAUCUUGGGGCAACCACGGAACAACUGUUAUCAUGAUAUGAAACCUCCAACUGAGAUGCAAAGCUGGGCAGAUGGGAUCCUGUUCGGCACCUUCUCACUCUCUUUCUCAGAAGAUCUUGGUCAAUCCAACAAGGACCCCCCAUUUCCUUUGGGGUCUGCACUCUCGACAUCGUUCCUUUGCACUACCUAACACGAACCGGGGAUACUGCCAGUAUGACUUUGGGUACAAGCCGCUCUCGGGGUUUUGUGGCAAGUAAUUUUCCCCGACAUCAAGGGGGGAAUUGUUAGCGAGGAAGAUGUAGGGAAGGGAGCAUUUCAAUGAGAAAGGAUCACAACAGAGAUUGGAAAAUGGAGGCGAGUGUUGUGGGCACACAGACAUCCUUUUUGCCAUUUCUCAUCUUGAGGGGUGUCUGGAUAAUGCUUCUCCCCAAUCUUGUUUUGCUGACACUCCUCCUAUUCUCCCAGAUCUUUCCUAAACUUUUUCUCAGAUCAUUCAAAUGAUUCUUUCCCAGACUUCACAUCUUCAACCCUUGUACCUGGGCUGAGUUGUCUCAUAAGUCCACCCAGAUCCUCAGGGUGUCAGAUUGUGAGUCUCUCCCAGCUUCACCUCAAAACAUCUAGGUUUAAACCUGGGUCACUGAGGUUACAGGAUAAACCUCAAUCAUAUUUCUCACAGCCUACCCUUGAUCCCAUAAAACCCCAGGAUAGGGUGUCCUAAGUGAGAAACUACUUGAAGGCCCACAAGACAUGUUCUACCAACCCCAAAAGGAAAGCCUCCCCGUGAGCUUCUCUUCACCUCAAAACAUCUAGGAUUAAACCUGGAUCAUUGAGGUUACAGGAUAAACCUCAAUCAUAUUUCUCUGAGCCUACCGUCAAUCCCGUAAAACCCCAGGAUAGGGUGUCCUAAGUGAGAAACUACUUGAAGGCCCACAAGACAUGUUCUACCAACCCCAAAAGGAAAACUUCCCCAUGAGCUUCCCCCUCUUCUUUUCUCAUAGUUUUCUCCUUCUCCUCAGAGUCACUGUGGGCAAAGAACCGUAUUAGGGCGGAAAGUAGAUUUCUCAUAUCAGAGAAAAAGUCCCUGUGGAAUAUGAAGGCUCCUUGCGGACAUAGGUCGACUCCAAAAGACUGCCAGGUGGAGCCAAGCGCCACCCCAAACACUCCCUUGGCCCAUUUUGGGACUAUAGCUAGGGCUAUUAAACAGCAGAGACAGUGUUUCCUUUCCAUCCAUCAUAGAAAUUCUUUUGAAGAGUAGCCCACAAUCAUUCAGUCUACCCAUCCGAAGACCGGACAAGGCUGCCAUCUCAGGAUCCAGAUUUUACACUGCGAUAAAAACCUGGGAUUUGCUCUUUUCCUGGUUUAGCCAACCUUCUGAUAUUCACAAACCCGUCCGAUGGCCAACGUAAAGUCCUUUUUGGCCAAAAGAACUGCAGAGCUCCCCUCUCGAACCUCCUCCUCCUCACCGCGAUGCCAUUCGAGGGUAUACAAAUGGCACCCCGUUUUGUCAUUCCGAAGACGACAAAAACACAAUUCUUGUGUUUCGGUUCAUUUUCUCCUCCCGCUGGGUGAGGAGAAACAGUCACCCGAGAAGAAGAAGAAAACGGCGUAUCUCCAACGACUGUCAUGCAAUGCUUCCGUCCUGACUUGAGUGUGCUUAAAUGGAGCUUAAAACCCGCUAGAAGGAAGGGAGCAACGCAAGGCUACUCACCAAAACAACCAGACAUUCGAAAACAGGGUGUCCUGCCUGAAAACCUUAAAGGAGUCGGAAGGCGGUUUCGUCGAUCAACCAAAUACAUCCUUUCUAGGCAUUUUCUAGGUCCUCUGGUGCAACUCAGCUAGGAAUCCUUCCUUUCAAUAGGAUUUUCCGUGGUUUCAUGUAUCCACACCAAGUGUCCGAGAACCUAACGGGGGCCAUAUUGCAAUUCCUGGGACUUGUUCGGGACUUCCCGUCUCCGAUUCCCAUACCUUGCUCCACAUAUACGGGCCUUUCCUUGCCUAUCCUCUCCUUUCCACACAUGCAAACAAACAGUCUUCUGGAAUAUCUUGGUGUGUGUCAAGUUAAUCCUACAAACACCGACCCAUUGUCGGAGUCUAAUCCUCCCGAAAGACCCUUAAAACCAGACCCGUUCCUUCAUGUACCUCUAGGUCCUCCAGUGCAACUCAGCUAGGAAUCCUUCCUUUCAAUAGGAUUCGCUGAUUUUCUGUGGUUUCGUGUAUCCACACCAAGUCUCCAAGAACCUAACGGGGGCCAUAUUGCAAUUCCUGGGACUUGUUCGGGACUUCCCGUCUCCGAUUCCCAUACCUUGCUCCACAUAUACGGGCCUUUCCUUGCCUAUCCUCUCCUUUCCAAACAUGCAAACAAACCGUCUUCUGGAAUAUCUUGGUGUGUGACAAGUUAAUCCUACAAACGCCGACCCAUUGUCGGAAUCUAAUCCUUCCGAAAGACCCUUAAAACCAGACCCGUUCCUUCAUGUGCCCCAUAAGGCAACACCUUCCAACUUCCUGUUUCUGUCCCACAAACUUCAAACCUGCAAACAGCGCUCAGAAAUCAAGGGUUCUCUAACCAUAACGAAAGAAAGAAGGAAAUAUGUUUACAGUCUCUUUUGCUGAUUCAGUACUUGUAAAUAAUUCCAUUGCGAUUAGCUGCAAUUAAAUUUUAAAAAGGGGGGGAAACGGGGUUGAAUCCAUUUGCCGUCUGACCUUUUCUGAUUUUAGAGGGUUUUUACAAACUGUUUAUUUCUCUCUCUCUUUCCUCCUCUAUAUCCCUUCCUUCGACUCUUUUUUAAUUUUCCCUUCUUAGGGUGGGAGGGGGGUUUACUACUCGGUCGGUUAAUUUAGAAGGAGAAAAGAAAAGGCAAAAAAAAAAGAAGAAAGAAAAGAGAUGAACUUUUAGUGCUGGGGAUUUUAAAACAAAUGAAGAGUUGCAUUCUAUGUUUCAGACGAUAUCAAUGCUUAAGUUAUUGAUUAUUUAUUGCUGUUUACUUUUAAUAAUUUAAUUCUUUUUCUGUCUAAAUAAAAGAACUGAAAAGCUA